AUGUGGGUUAACAGUAGGAAGGCGCUAAUCAAUUUGCACGGUCGUGAUAGCAAGGCAGGAAAGGGGGGUGGGGGCCCCACUGGGCAGUGGCCCAUAGGCCAAAACGGGCACGGGCGUAACGGGGCGGAGCCCCUGGGGUGCGGGCACAUUCUGCCCGAGCGAUGGGUGGGGGAAGCUGGCACGGGUGCCGGUGGCCAGGGGGCCAAGCAGGCGCCGGCCAGAACAGAACGGCAGGGCGAAGGGGUGGUGGCCGGCGGCGUGGCGCGGCUGUGGGUCAGAGGCGGAGCACGUGACUGCGGGGCCGCGGGUGCGUAUAGUGGGCGGUGGGCAACUGCCCCAGCUGCGGGGAAAGGCGACAGCAGCGGCGCAGCGGGGGCGAAGAGGGAGGCAGAGGGUCACAGAGGCAGCGAUCUGCGUGGGCAGCAAGCAGCGAGGGGAGCAGCCAACAACAGUACAAGCAGUAAGCCGCUGCAGAGCAUGAGCAGCAACAGUCAGCGAGCAGCAGCCGUGGCAAAGUAG